AAAAAAAAAAAACGAAAUAAUCGAAGUACGAAUCGAUCGGUCGUCAACAGAGGAAGAAAUUUCGUCAAGAAUAUAUAUUUGGAUUAUCGUUCCACGUUUCUUCACGUGCGUCUUCUGGCGGGGAUCUUAUGGUUUCGUUCGUCCAUUUCGACCGUCCUUCCCGAAACCUUACUCUACUAUCUCCUUUCACCCCCUGGAACAGUCAGCUUCUCGAAGAUUGAUCUCGAUCGACGCGCACGCGGUUCCCAUUCUAACUUCGCUUAAAAAAAAAAAAAAAAAAAACACACACACACAUAUACAAAAAGAAAGAAAAGAAUAAAGAAAGAGAAAAAGGAAAAGAGGAAAGAGAUAAUUGAACGCAACGUCGCCGGUUCUCCACGAAGAUAAAUUCAGUGUGUCAAUCAUUAACAGAGAUUGGUGUAUAAUAAUAUCGAGGCAACGAAUCGUCAUCUCGAAGAUUCUUUAUACGACGGAAGAGUGAAAAAAGAGAAAAAGAAAGAAAGAAAGAAAAAAGGCAAACGUUCGGACGAGAGAAACAGAGAUAGAGGGAGGAGAGAAACGGAUAUAAUAGUGUUGGCCGGUGGGAGUGAAAGAGAGACAGUCGAGGGUGUGUUCCGCGGUUUUCUUCGCCCUCUUUUUUCCUUUCGUUUCGUCGAUACAUUAAGAAAUUAAGUGUCAUACAUACGUGUAUCCCAAGGGUUGAUUCGUUUUUUUUUAUAAAAUAUAGACUGUAAUCCAUCGUUAUCGAUCGGAGAAAGUGCAAAGAAAAGAUAUCUCUGAGGAAAACUUAAAAACUCGGUAAUUCGUCUUGGUAAUUCGGUAAACUCGGCUGCUUGAUAAAAAAUCGAAUAAAAUUAUAAAAACACAUAAAACACGGAUAAAAUACGCAUAAAUACGGUUCAGAAGGAUAAAUAAAUAAUAAUAAACGAACAAAACAAAACAAAAAAAUAAAAAAUAAAAAAAAAAUAAAAAACGGGAAAACGAAACACGCACACGUCGUUUAAAGAAAUAAAAAUUAAAAAACGAAAUAGAACAAAGAAACGGGCAUCAAAACGAGAUAACAACGAAAUGAAAAUCUAGCGAUAUAGAUAAUAUUUAAAAAAAAAAAAAAAAAAAAAAAAAAAAAAAAAAAAAAAAAAAAAAAAAAAGAAAGAAAUAACUCUCCAUUAAAGAAAAAAAAAAAAAAAAACAUUAACCCACCGUCGUUUCGUUCUACGCCCAGAUAUCGGCAUCCUCCAACCACUGAUUUUCAUCGUUAACCGAUUUCGUACGUAGUUAGAAAGGACCCGGUCGAAGAGUGCAAUGAUGGCGAACGGAAUGGACACAGUCGUACAACAAAAUGGUGGAUCCACCCUCGGACAGGCCUCGCAGGAAGAGUCGAAAACGAAUCUCAUAGUAAAUUAUUUGCCCCAGAGCAUGACACAAGAUGAGAUUCGAUCCCUCUUCUCGAGCAUUGGCGAGGUUGAGAGUUGCAAGUUGAUUCGUGAUAAACUCACCGGUCAGAGUUUAGGUUACGGUUUCGUUAACUAUCACCGGCCUGAGGAUGCUGAGAAGGCGAUAAACACGCUCAACGGUCUUCGUCUGCAAAAUAAAACGAUCAAGGUAUCGUACGCGAGACCGAGCAGCGAGGCGAUCAAAGGUGCAAACUUGUACGUGAGCGGUUUGCCGAAGAACAUGACGCAACAAGAUCUGGAGAAUCUAUUCAGCCCGUACGGCAGAAUCAUCACGUCGCGGAUACUUUGCGACAACAUCACCGUACGACAGUUUGUGACCGGCGGCGGAGACUAUUUGCCCGGAUUGUCGAAAGGGGUCGGUUUCAUAAGGUUCGACCAGCGGGUCGAGGCCGAGAGGGCGAUCCAAGAAUUAAACGGUACCAUUCCGAAGGGCUCGUCCGAGCCGAUCACCGUCAAGUUCGCCAACAAUCCGAGCAACAACAACAAGGCGAUACCGCCGUUGGCCUAUCUGACACCGCAGGCGACCCGACGAUAUGGCGGCCCAAUCCACCAUCCAACCGGCCGCUUCAGGUACAUUCCACUGUCGCCACUAUCCAGCACUGGCAAGGCCAUGCUUGCCAUUAACAAAGGCUUACAGAGUAGGUACAGCCCGCUGGCAGGCGAUCUCUUGGCAAACUCGAUGCUACCCGGGAACGCGAUGAAUGGUUCCGGCUGGUGUAUCUUCGUGUAUAAUCUCGCCCCAGAGACCGAGGAGAACGUGCUGUGGCAGUUAUUCGGUCCGUUCGGCGCCGUCCAAUCGGUCAAAGUGAUCCGCGACCUGCAGACGAACAAGUGCAAAGGCUUCGGUUUCGUGACGAUGACCAACUAUGACGAGGCGGUGGUCGCCAUCCAGAGCUUGAACGGUUACACGCUCGGUAACCGGGUUCUUCAAGUGAGCUUCAAGACGAACAAGAGCAAGGCGGCGUAGGACGACAAGCAACAGCAACAGCAGCAUCACGAUCACCACCACCAUCAUCGGGCAGCGGGAACAACGGCGGCAGCGGCGGCAGUAGCGGCAGCAGCUACGCCGGCUGUGGCGGCAGCCGCGGCCAUGAUCGGUCAAGCGACCGCUACAAAGGUCAUCCUCGGCUCAACGACCGCGGCAGCCGCGGUGGUCGCCGCCACAGCGACCGCCGCCGCUGCGGCCGCGGCUGCGGCUGCGGCCCUGGUCACGCCCGCGACCGUCCAAGCGCUCGCGACUGCCUAUGCUUCCACUAAGAAGAUCGACCACCACCAUCUCCCCAUUGAUUCCGUGAUCAACAUCCUGAACAGUCGUGAUCGCGGAGAGAACCAUCAUAACCACCACCACCACCACCACCACCAUCACCACCACCACCACCACCACCAUCACCAUCACCACCAUCACCACCACCACCACCACCACCACCACCACCGCCAUAACUACCAUCAACAGUUACAUAACCAGUAUCAUCCGUUGAAAGGUUACAACUCAAUGUCCGGCUAUGAAAUGAUAAUUAGGGGUAUGACCUCGUCGAAGAGAUGUCGUUGGGGCGGCAGAUACGAUUACGAGAACCACGAUGACGAAUACAAUUCCGACUAGAAUAAAUAAAUGGAUGCUGAGAGCUCCCUGGAGAAAACUCGGUUGAGAGAGGGGGAAAAAAAAAAAAAAUAAAAAAAAAAAAAAAGAAGGGAAGAAUGGAGGCGAGUGAGAGAUAGAAGAAAGGGGAGAAUGAUAAGAGAUACUCGUGCGCGUGUGGUGCGUGUAUACGUGCGUCUGUACGAGAAAGGGUUACGCGAUGCGUGUGUAGUAGGCUGCGCGUGGCUGAGCGGGGGAGGGAUGCAGAGAGACGAGGAGGAAGAGAUGGCGAAGACGGAGAGAGGUAG